GUUAUCGCCCGCGGUGACGCGAUACGCUGAAAAGGUCACCAGUCGCCGCUCUAGUCGCCACCAUCCGCUAAUGUCUUCGCCAUCUAAACAGUUGCAGUUUCGACAUAGAAUCCCAUAAGUACACCGUGAAAAAAAUAUUGUUGCGACGUGGCGUCGUGGUGCGUAGCGGCGUCUCGCUCGCGCGGCCGCCGCGUCCCGCUCGGCUCCGCCCCCCUCCGACCGCAGCGCCGCGUAGCGGUCGCGCCGCGAAAUGUACACGUCGCCUAUACAGCGUUGCCAUUCCGUACCUAUAAUUUCGCUGGACGUAAAUUUCAACCGAAACAGUUCAAUGGACUUUCCGAAAACUCUAAACGUGUCAUUUUACGUAAAAAGUCCUGUGUUACAUAGAUUAUUGUAGGGAGUGGUGUGUGACCAUCUGUUCUGUUAAAAAUUGUGAUAUUUCAGUGUGAGUUGCGUGUCCGUGCUUGUAAUCCGUGAACAAAGUCCCGUUGGGAGCUAUCACGUCUGUUUUCGGCUCUAAGGUUAUCGGUGCAGUGUCGUCGGUCGUGUCGGUCGUGUGCAGUGGUGUGCGUGUGCAUCCGUGUUUGUGUGUGUUGUGCGACGUAGCGCCGGUAUGGCGCGCAGCUAGCGAGCCGCGCCCGCCGCGGCAUGCGCGCCGCCUAGCCAUGCCUGCUGCGCAUCACGAGCCAUGGCGCAGUACUCGCAACGGACACAGCCAAUGCACAGGCCCGGGCAAACGGAUCACGGGCACGGCGGCGGCGCGCUGGCGUACGGCGGCAAGCCGGCGGCGGGGGGUGUGGUGGCGCCGCCGCAGCCCCGGCCUCCGCCCGCGGCGCCCUACGCUCCGCAGCCCUACCCUCCCGCACAGCUGCGCCUGCACCAGCCAGGAUAUGGAUCUGCGGCAUUAUCAUAUAGGGACAGCAGCUACGUCCGCGGCGGCGGCGCGGUGGGGUCGGUGGGCGGCGUGGGCGCCGUGGGCGCUGGCGCGGCGGGGGCCGGCGAGUACCGCGGCGGGCGCGUGUCGCUGCUCGGCGCGGCCUACCUCCCCCCGCCCGCGCCCACCGCGCAUCACCCGCCCCCCGCAGACCCUCCGCCUUUCAAGAAGAUCAGACUCUCAGCUGAUCGGACGCCGCUGUCACAUCAUCAGCCGCUUAGGGUUGAUACUAGGGAGCCGGUGAACCAGUAUAGCACAGUAGAAGUACUAUCUCCAAAUCCCCCUUCGGAACCCACGAUGGAGGAUCAGAGCUUUAGGACCACCAAGGAUGACUUAUUACAACAAAUAUCCAAGGUGGACCGGGAGAUGGCGUUAUCAGAGUCAACGCUAUCCAAACUGAAGAAGAAGCAGGAAGAGUUAGAACAGACUGCCUCAAAGCCCGCCAGGGCUGAGGAACCUGAGGAAACCGUGCCUCGGCACCGGAGCCUCGCGCAAUGCGUCUACGCAGAAAAUAGGAAAAAGAUCAGCAUGGAUAAUAAGCGGCAAAUGCAGGCAUCAUCAGCCCACGCAGUGCUCUCACACCUGGGUCCGCCCGUCCUCUACCCGUUGUACAACCAGCCCCAGGACACAGAGGUCUACCACGAGAAUAUUAGGAAACAUAGGACCUUUAGGAAGAGGUUGGCGGAACAUAUUAGGAAGCUCAAACUUGAGGCUGAGAAGCGGGAAGACGCAUUAGCAGAAGCAUACAGCAGAAGAGCAGCAGAAUGGUUAAGAAGAGUCGAGAGGAUAGAACAGGGACAGAAGAGGAAAGCUAAGGACGCCAGAAAUAGAGAAUUCUUUGAGAAGGUGUUCCCUGAACUAAGAAAGCAGCGCGAAGAACGAGAACGGUUCAACCGAUUAGGCGCCCGAGUGAAGUCUGAAGCCGAGCUUGAGGAGAUCGCGGACGGAUUGCACGAACAGGAGCAUGAAGACAAGAAGAUGAGGUCCUUGACUGUGGUGCCGCCGCUGCUGAGGGACCCUAGUGAUACCACGCCCGUUUAUAUUGAUACUAAUCGACGGUGCAUGGACAUGGAGUCGGAACACAAAGAGCUGCAACUCCGCAACGUGUGGUCUCAGGCUGAACGGGAGCUCUUCCGUGAGAAGUACCUCCAGCACCCCAAGAACUUCGGACAGAUCGCAUCCUUCCUGCCGAGGAAGAGUGUGCGGGACUGUGUGAGAUUCUACUACCUAUCAAAAAAAGCGGAGAACUACAAGCAGCUGCUGAGGAAGCCGCGACAGAGGCGGUCGGCUCGGAACCCGCCGCGAGCGCAGCCCGAGCCCGAGCUGCCGGCUGGAGUCACCACCAGGCUGCAGCGGAGCCAAGGUACGACAGCGCGAGGGACGGAGAACAAAGAGCCGAACAUGGAUGAAAGCAUGCCACAGGUCACUGACCCCGUCACCUGCAUACCUAUACCUACCGCAGCGCCCGCGCAGCCACCUAGGUCGGAGUCAACACGAACGCCUCCUCUACCCCCGUCGCCACCACCAGCUUCUUCAGCUCCGCCCGCGCCGGUCACGUCAACAGCCACGCCGAUGUCGGUGGCGGGAAGCCCGGCAGCGGCGCCCACGCCACCGGCUGUUGACGUGCCGUUACCGCCCGUCACGUCCGCCGAUGUUACGCUUACUAUUACGCCUGUUUCGACGCCAAUAACAACGACGACAGCAACAAGCGUAGCACCGACAUCGUCACCAGUGACGUGCAUAACAUCGACGGCAGCGGUAGCCGCAGCGACGCUCACUGCGCCGGCCAUGUCGACCGGCAGCAAUAGCAACAGCAACGGCAGCAACAGUAUCGGUAGUGGCAGUAACAGUAAUGGCAGUGCCAGUGGAAGUGCCCCGCCUACGCCGCAGCCGGCACAGCCACCUACGCCGACGCAGCCGCCGCCUACACCUGAGACCGCGGUAACAGAACGCAUCGGAACCCCCUCAUCAACAGCCACGGUUACCACGACAACGAUAACAACAACAUCCUCAAACUGUGCCGUCUGCAACAUGUCCGGUGCCACCCGAACGGUCUCAAGGUCUCGAGCCAUCCACUACGGGCUGAAGGAGGAAGCUGUAGGGGCGAGGGUCUGCGAACCCUGCCACUGCAGGUGUGUGCGGUCUCGGUACACCAGGUGCCCGGUGCCCACGUGUCCUGGACCGAGGGUUAGGGCGAAACGGUUGAGGCAUUUACCGCCGAGGUGGCAUGAUCUCUCGUUGGAGUUGAAGAGGCCACUUAUGGAGGAGUUCGAAAUCCCAAGCGAGUUAAGCAAGUGCUGCCUAGCUUGCUUCAAGCGGAUAACUCGACGGUUAGAGACCGUGGUGGAGGGAGGCCUAGCUCCUGAGCCCACGGAGGAGGAGGCGGCGCGGUUCCGGUCACUGCUGCGGGAACACGGCACGGCGUGGGACCGGAUCGCGGCCGUCAGUGGGAGGACACCAGCUAGUUUGAAGGCGUUCUACUUCACUUAUAGAAAAAAGCUGCAACUAGACACUUCAGUAGCCGACCGACCUUCCGGUCCUCGCAGCUCCACAGAAGACAGUACCCUAUCCUCAGCGGAUACCGACACGGCCAGCGGCGGCAGUCCCGCGAGAGCACCGCCCGCACAGCCGGCGCCGGCGCCUCGGACUGAUGCCGUGGCGCCGAGGAGACCGCGCAGAGAUGAAUAUGACUCGUCGGCUACGGAAACUGCUGAUGAGGAAAAUGAUGCUCCUAGUGCUAAGAUAAUCCCCCCCACCUCCGUCCCCACGGUGGUAUCAUCCUGCGCCGCCAGCGCGGUAUCGUCACCCGUGACGACGACGCGCAGCACCGCGGCGCCGCAGACCGUGCGCGACGUGGUGCUCAACCUCAUCGAGAUCAGCCUCACCAGGGACUCGCAGCCCACACAUCCGAGCAUCAAGCCGCAUCAGAUCAAGGUUAGUGCAGAGACGCAGACCAUGCGCGACGUGGUGCUCAACCUCAUCGAGAUCAGCCUCACCAGGGACUCGCAGCCCACACAUCCGAGCAUCAAGCCGCAUCAGAUCAAGGUGACGUCAUCAUGCGCGAGCGGUCGCGAAGCCCUAGCAACACUAAGCGUAGUAAACAGCUCCCACGUGGGCAACAGCGGCGCCGUCAGCCCGCAGCGCGCCGCCACCAUCACCCCCCUCACCCACCCCACGGCCGACAAGGACGUCAUGCUGCUGCACAUCGAGCCCCGCCCCGAGCGGCCCGAGCGGCCGGAGCGGCCCGACCGGCCCGAGCGACACGACCGCCACGAGCGACACGACUUGUUGCUGCGACAGGAGCGACACGAGCCCUUGUUGGAUCUCAGCGUGAAGCGGCCGAGGCAUGAUCAGCCGUUCCCGCAUCCUAAUAAGUCUGUAUACCGAAACUCAACGGAAUACAGACCACAGCAAGAACGGGAAUCCCCUAACCAGUACAACUCGAAACCUAAAGCUGUUGGGGCACCCCCAAGACCGACCCUCAAACCAGCUCCCAACCCCAAGGGGUCUAUAACCCUCGGUACUCCAGUAGAAUCGAGGUUCGAGCCUCACAGGAACCCUCCGGAGGCUAAAACAGGGUCGAUAACAGCCGGGACUCCGGUGCAUGGGACCCAUCACCUUCCUGACAAACGGACCCUGGACUUCUAUAAGAGAAGGAGUCCAGGCGGCCCGGGGGCGUAUUACGCGGCGACCAGUAGUCAACCUAGGCCGCAGUCGCCGUCGUUUUCACCUACGGGCAGCUCCAGCUACACCCGGAACCCCUACGGGCUGGAACAGCGUCAGAUCAUAAUGGCGGACUUCAUCACGUCGCAGCAGAUGCACGGCGGCGCCCGGCGCGAGCGCGAGCGGGCCGCGUCGCCCGGCUUCCGGCGUGAUGCCGUCUCUGUUAUACAGAGGCAUACGCCGCAUGCUUAUCCACAUCCGCCUCCCGAUGAGCGGGCGGCGUCGCCGCAGUACCGACGGGACGCGCUCUCCGUCAUACAGAGGCACUCUCCCCAACAUGUGUACCAACAUCAGCAUCCGCAGCCGCCUCCAGGUCAUGAAGCGUUCACAUCGCUAGUAGACGUGGCGUCAGCAGCGACGGCGCUGCCGGUGCCGCGCGGCUCGCAGCCCGACGGCAAGCCCGAGCCCAAGCAGCAGCCGCAGCAGCAGCAGCAGCAGCAGCAUCAUGAUCUCAGAUUCAUGGCGCAGAAAUUCCCGCUCGGAUCUCAAUUCCCGCAAAUGAUGGACAGAAGAGUACAGUCUGAACAGCAAUACAUGGAAAGAGAAAGACAGAUACAAAUACAGAGGAGGGGAGCUGUAAACGCGAUCCACGCGAUCCACGAGCGUCACGCGAUGGAGCAACAGCAACAGCAUCAGAACCAGCAACAGCAUCAAGCGCAGAUCAUACACGACAGGCAUAUGCAGCACUCCAUCCACGCGAUGCAAGAGCGUCACGCCGAACAACAACACCAACAGCACCAGCAACAGCAGCAACAGCAGCAACAACACCAACAGCAGCAACAGCAACAACAGCAACAGCAGCAACAACAACAACAGCAACAACAUCAGCAGCACCAACAACAACAACAACAGAUUAUACAAGAAAGACAUCAUCAACAUCUUAUGAGCGUAUCGUCUCAAGAUGGCGAGCGUCGCAUGGUGCAGUCGGUGACGUACAGCACGGCCGCCAAGCCGAGGGCGCAGACGCCGCACCAUGUAGAGAGGAAAGACAAUCGCACAGUAGUAUCGUCGGUGGCAGUGGGGCAGCCCCCCGCGGGCGGCGCGGGGGCGGAGCCCCGCGCUCGGGCGGCGGAGGGCACGCUGACGGCGGCGUCGCUCAUCGACGCCAUCAUCACACACCAGAUCAGCCAGAGCUCCGACCAGAGGUUCCCGGUAAGUGAUGAGCGUCCAGACCGCGGUGUAACGCCGGCAGAGGAAGCGGCGGCCGCGGCUGCCGCACAUACGACGAGCAUCAAGCUGGGAGACCUCGCGUCCAACAUCAUCACGCGGGACUUCUGCAGCCCCACCACCUCUGUCAUGCACCACAAUAACCGGUUCAGCGUGGGUAACUCGGAAGCGUACGCGUCGGAGGAGUGGAAGCGUCGCGACGCUCCCAAGCACGCGCCCUACCUCGAGCCCGUGUCGCCGCCAGACAACCAUCCCGCUAACAGAAACAACAGCAACCGGCGCUACAGCUGUGUAGGCUCCUCCCCCAGCAGUGGUUCAGGCGGGGCUUCCAGCGUGGGCGGGGCGGGGGGCGGAGUCCUGACCGCCUUCGACUACGUGACCAACCGCAUCGUGGAGGUGAUGCGAAGUGACGCCGACGAGCGAAGUAAACCGCUCACCUUCCCCACUGCGGCGUACGCGUACCCGUAUUCUGCGCUUAAUGUUGCUGCUGCGGCCGCGGGGGAUGCCUCCAACAGCACAGUGUCAGCAAGCCCAGCGCCAGCCGCGGCACCGGCGCCGCCGCCGCCACCCGAGCCGGCGCCGCUGAUGUCAGCGCAGUACGAGCCGCUGUCGGACGAGGACUGACGCCCGCCCUCCGCCCGACCGCACCCCACCGGCUAGCGUCGCCACUACUCCGUUAUCUGCCGACACAGAAACAGAACAUAGGGGAAUAUACAGAAAAGAAAAAGCAAAAAGAAGAUAGAGGAACAUCCAGCAAAGAAAUAUCUGAAAAAAGGGGAAAAAUAUACAGCAGCUUAUCAAGCCUCAAAGUAGUAAAAAGGACUCAUUACUACAAUAAGGGAAACUGCAGCAAAGAAAAAGAAGGAAAAAACGCAGCUCAAAAAUGGUGAAAAUUUUGCGCAAGACAAGCUUCGUUCUUCAACACAUAAGCUGAUCAUUUUUGGGAAAUAAGCUUCAGAAUUGUAGGAGAAAAUGGCUGCCGAAGAUUUCGAGCAAAACCGGCAAAGAUGCUUCGUUUAUUUAUCGUGCAUUGAAUAACACUGCCUAAACAAGGGUGUUGGAAGUCCAGCAGUAAGAUAGCGGAGUGACAAAAAGUUUGGUGUGGACUCACCCCAAGGAUACACGGUCCAUAGUGCGUUCAGUUAGUUUGUCGUGUUUCGUUAUAUACACACCGUUCUCAACAUGUAAAUAUGUACCGUUCCGUUGCGAUAGUGACGUGUAUCCGACACUGCAAACAAUAAACUGGUGAACUCACACCCAUGUACUCGUGUUUACUAUAGACGAUGGUACUAAAUUGUAUAUUUAUAUGUUGUUUUGUAAUGCAGGGAUUAAAUACCGUUCAUGUGUUGUGGCAGAGCUUUAAGUGUCCGGUAGUAACGACUAUGUCGCGGCGCUGCCGAGCCGCCGACGCCGCGACGCUCGAUACGCUUAUGAACAUAAUGCUGUCGAUUAGUGAGAAUACGAUUAUGAAUUGUUAUUUAUUUAGUUAUUGAACAUGUUUGUAUUAUUUGUCGCGUGACGACACGCGAUCAGUAGCACUGCCGCUGAGUGACGCUGAAGUACCUCACUAUAUGUUAAGUGGCAGAAUUACGAACGUUUCGGUGAUUCAAACGAUAUAAAAUAAUAAGAAGUGUAUUUUUAAUCCAGUCUUCCAUCGCCACUCCGCCAGGGGACACCACACUAGGCUAGGCCCGCGACUUCGUCCAGUAGUAGCUACACUCUAGGAACUUGUAUAUUAUGUGAAUAGCGGCCAGCAGCCGCCGCUCUAGUUAAGAACAUUUUUUUAUCGCUUCGCUUCGGAUUUCGCUGUCGCCUCAUCCACUAGGGUUAGAGUACGCGUAGUUCAAUUAUCAUUUGUUACUAUAAUUUCGUAUUGUAAAUAUCAUUUUGUCGUUCGUUUAAUGUAAAGUUUGUGUAUAUCGGCCCGCCACAGCGAAGUCCGGAACGGUCUCCGAGCUCAUCGAAAUCGAAACUAUACUCGACUCGGGAACUGUGUACACCCUUAUUAUACAUAUAGCGUAACCUUAACGGACUAGACUAAGUUAUAUAAAUUAUAUACAUAUGUAAAAGUGUAUGGUUAUUAUGUAUAUGCAUUUGUAAUUAUACAGGUUAGCUAAGAGUUGAAUUAGAGAUUUGAUUUGGUUUUCUAGUUAGGUGGGUCUCGUCGACCGAUAUAAAUAUAGAGAGCUGCCGCCGCCGCCGCGCCACAGCAGCCUUAUGUUAUGUGCACCGCACCCGCCGCUCUACUGCCGUCUGCCUACCGCGGCAUUCCCUCUACUGUCAGUUCUAUGACUACACUCCCACAUUCAACUGUAUAAACCCUACCUUCCUGAUCGACUACUCAUUGUAAACAAGUUCCAAAUGAGUUGAAAGUGUGCAGGCGACGCUAGAGCCGCGCGGUGUUUUUGUAAAUGUUUUCGAGUUAUGUGUAAAAAACGACUGAUUAAAUUUACUUUGAGCGAGUGUAUGGGUGGCGCGGCGGCGGCGCCGGUCGCAAACACAUUGUGAUUUCUUUAUAAAACGUUGUAAUGUACUGUAAGUAGUCCAAGAAAAAAAUAAUCCUUGUAAGUCCGAACAUAAGCGAAAAAACAACUUCUGGGAGGACAAAUCAAUAAAAAUAAGAUGCAAAUCUAA